UACAAUACGAAUAUUUGUUUGACUUCUAAUUGCCACUGCCUGCUCCCUAGACUCGGCUAGUCACCAAAUGGCUACAGGAACACCGUGGGAAGUUACUGCCAAAGCAAAACGAGAUUCCGUUCUCAAUCUCAUUCCCGAGAAAUGGCGGAUCCCAACUCCAAUCCCCUCGGCCAGUGAGUUGCGGGAUGUGACCAGAUACAUUCGGAAGUUCCUUUCUCCUCGAGAAAUUGAAAUCACGGAAUUGGAUCUUGUCAGUCUGGCACAGCGCACCACCAAUGGGCAAUGGACCGCUGUGGAGGUGACAGAAGCGUUUUGCCACCGAGCAGCUCUUGCGCAUCAAUUUGUCAAUUGCCUCCAUGAGAUCUUCUUUGAUGCGGCCCUCGAGGAAGCAAAGAGACUUGACGCGUACUUCGCAGUCCAUAGGAAGCCACUUGGGCUGCUUCAUGGCAUCCCGAUCAGUUUAAAAGAUCAGUUCCAUGUGAAGGGGGUGGAAACCACCAUGGGCUAUGUUGGUUGGGUGGGCACUUUCCAGGGCCAGAAAGGCGAUCCUCGACGACUGGUCUUUGAAAGCGAGCUGGUCAAGGAACUCCGUUCUGCGGGUGCUGUGCUUCACUGCAAGACUAGCGUCCCUGCAACUCUAAUGUGUCCUCAGACGGCCAACAAUAUCAUUGACUACACUUGGAACCCGAAGAAUCGCCUUCUAUCUUCUGGGGGGAGCUCUGGGGGAGAAGGCGCCCUCAUCAUACUGAGGGGAUCUGCGGGCGGGUUUGGCACUGAUAUUGGCGGGAGCGUGCGGGUCCCAGCUGCCUUUAACGGUCUUUAUGGUAUCAGGCCGUCAGCUGGCAGAAUUCCCUACGAAGGCGUGGCUAAUUCGAUGGAUGGCCAAAACUCAAUCGCCUCUGUUGUCGGUCCUCUCGCCACUACCAUUGGUGGGUUGAAGCUCUUGUUUAAGUCUGUGCUCAGUCAGAAGCCGUGGCUUCAUGAUCCAUUGGCGAUUGAGUUGCCAUGGCGGGAUGAUGCAGAGCAGGAAGUAUUAGAUCUCAUUAAGAGUUCUGCUGCGGGGAAAAACCUACUUUCGUUCGGCAUCAUGAGUUCGGAUGACUACAUUCAGCCGGUACCCCCUGUUUCUAGAGCUUUGCGAAUGAUGACUGCUACCCUACUGAAACUUGGACAUAAGGCAAGCAAGCUAGCCAUCAUUUUGACCAAUCCUUGUUUGGUUAUCGAGUGGAAGCCACCGUCUCACCAAAGAGCCCUGGAAUUAGCGCUCACAAUUUAUACUCUCGACGGCGGUGCCGAUGCACAUUCUCAAUUUAACCUAUCAGGUGAACCCCCCAUGCCCGAACUCGAUAUCUUUUUAAAGGAAUCCCCAGGCCCACAAUUGAACGCCCAGCAAAUCGCCGCGAUCAACGUCGCCAAGAGGGAAUAUCAAAAGGAGUACUUGGAAUACUGGAAUAGUACCUCGGAGUUGACGGGAACGGGCCGGCCUGUCGAUGGCUUUUUCUGCCCUGUUGCUCCAUUCCCCGCAGCACAAAGGGGUAAAGCUUAUUAUGCUGGCUAUACCGUCUUUGUGAAUUUGCUGGAUUACGGCUCGAUCGUUAUCCCGGUAACUAUCGCUGAUAAAACGGUGGAUACCGUCGACGCUGGCUAUGGUCCAUUGAAUGAUAUGGAUAAGGUGAUUCAUGAUAAAUAUGACGCGGAGAUUUAUGAUGGCGCUUACGUGGGUCUUCAACUUGUUGGGAGGCGAUUCCAGGAAGAGAGAUUGAUUGCACUCGCGGAAUACGUGGGACAUGCAGUCAGAACAGUGUAG